ACGUCACUGGUGAGCGAGCCCCCACGCGUUUGUCGUGUUUCUUAACCGAGGCAGACUCAUUCUGUCUGCAAAAUUUCUUCUCUGUUUCCCUUUCCGCACCUUCACCGUUCUUUCUUCUUCUUCUUCUUCUUCAUCUUCUCUCCUCAUAUUAUUUUUAUUUUCUUAGAAAGCAGCACAAUCAUAAAGAACCCAGAACAAGUCAGCUACAGUUUCUUCUUCCCUCUUUGCAAUGACUUGCUGAUUGUUUACCAACAAAACCUUGUGUUCGUAAGAAGUCGUAAGAAGACUAAAGAGAGUGCCUUUGGGCUUUGGAGUUGCAAAUGGGAAACUGCUUAGAUUCUUCAGCUAAAGUAGACACAGCACAGAGCUCCUUUGGUACUUUGGGAUCAGGGGUUUCCAAAAUUUCCAGCAAAACCAGCCCUUCCUCAGCUCCCUCCAGCUUGACCAUCCCAUCAUCUGGUGAAAGGAGCAAUGGUUCAAGUCUUCCUACACCAAGAACUGAAGGUGAAAUAUUGUCGUCUCCAAAUUUGAAAGCCUUCUCAUUCAAUGAGCUAAAGAAUGCCACCAGAAACUUUCGCCCUGACAGUCUUCUCGGUGAAGGAGGAUUUGGUUAUGUUUUCAAAGGAUGGAUUAAUGAACACACGUUGACAGCUGCAAAACCAGGGUCCGGAAUGGUUGUUGCUGUCAAGAAGCUCAAACCUGAAGGUUUCCAAGGCCACAAGGAGUGGUUGACAGAAGUAAAUUAUCUUGGCCAACUGUACCAUCCAAAUCUGGUUAAGCUAAUCGGGUACUGCUUGGAGGGUGAGAACCGUCUUUUAGUGUAUGAGUUCAUGCCGAAAGGAAGCUUAGAGAAUCAUCUGUUUAGAAGAGGGCCGCAACCACUUUCAUGGGCAACAAGAAUGAAAGUGGCCAUAGGUGCUGCCAGGGGCCUCAGUUUUCUUCAUGAAGCCGAAUCACAAGUCAUAUAUCGGGACUUUAAGGCUUCCAAUAUCUUACUAGAUUCAGAAUUCAAUGCGAAGCUUUCUGAUUUUGGCUUAGCUAAGGCGGGCCCCACUGGUGACAGGACUCAUGUAUCUACUCAAGUCAUGGGUACUCAAGGCUAUGCAGCACCUGAAUAUGUUGCUACAGGUAGAUUGACUGCUAAAAGUGAUGUGUAUAGUUUUGGUGUUGUAUUACUGGAACUAUUGUCUGGACGGCGAGCUGUCGAUAAAACAAAAGUUGGUGUCGAGCAGAAUCUUGUAGACUGGACAAAACCAUAUUUGGGUGACAAAAGAAAACUAUUUCGGAUUAUGGACACUAAGUUGGAGGGCCAAUAUCCCCAGAAAGCAGCCUUUACAGCUGCUACUCUUGCUUCACAAUGCCUAUGCGCAGAAUCUAAACUUAGGCCAACAAUGUCAGUGGUAUUAGCUACGCUGGAGCAACUUGAAGCCCCAAAAACUGCAGCCAGAAACUCUCAAUCAGAAAAGCAGAUGCUUUCUGUUCCUCACCGGAAGUCACCAAUGCGACAACACCAUUCUCCUCUCAAUAUAACACCAAGUGCAUCCCCAUUGCUAUCCCACCGGCAAUCUCCACGUGUGCGUUGAUGGAGAGUCUCCUUUAUGUAUAUUACUUAUUUGACUCCAUAUUUUGUUUACGUAGCAUCAAGUUUGGGCGUGUAAUUUGACACAGUUUUGAGUUUUUCUGAGGUUACUUCCACCUGUAAUUCCAGAAGCUAUGUAGCUAUUUUGUAGUGGUAAUCUGCUUGAUGUUUGUAGUGUAUAAAGUUAGCCAUCUAUCAGUACAUAUAAUUUUGCCGGGUGACAGACAUUCAUUAUCCCGUCACAACUGCUGGUGUCAAA